AUGGUAUCUAGGGUCUAUGAUAAUACAAUGUGUACAGUAUGUCUAGUAGUUGUUUCUCUUUAGGUCAGCCUUGAUUCUGUAGAUCCAGUCAACAAAGCUGAGACCGUAAUAGUUUUAUGCUUUAUUCUAACACUGUGUAUUUCAAACUGUAUUAUUUAGCAUUUCAUUUUAAGAAAUCUCAUGUGUAGUAAAGAAAACCUAGCUGUGUUUUCUUUUAUGUAUGGUGACUCUAUAGAAGGCUCCCUCUUUGGCAUAUAAUAUAUUAGGAGGCAAGUAGUUAAUAUAUUCUUUCUAUUAUCUGUGGCCUGGAUGAGAGAUGAUCUGUGUUAAAUCAGUUUUAAUAGCUAGAUUUAUAUUUUCCCUCCAGGAUGUUUUUGUCAUUGAUACAAAGAAUGAAAUCAUUGUUUGGAUUGGUCUUGAUUCUUCAACUACAGAAAAGAAUAACGCCAUGACCUAUGCUCAUGAUUACCUGAUGAACAAACCCAACAGCCAGCUGCCAGUCAUCCGCCUGCUGGAAGGUAAAGAUAACUGCAAGCUAAUAUUAGCUAUUGCUGCCUAAAUCAACACAGAUUGAUCCAUAUCCUGUCAAUAUGGAAAGAACCUUUUCUAUUUUUUAUUAUUUUCAGUAUUUUACAUAUUAUACCCACCCCCAACCUUUCUUUUACCCUUUUAAAAUUCACAAUUUUAUAUAGUACCCCAGAACACUAACAUCAGAAAUGCCUUCUUUUAUAUAUAACCAGCAUUGUGUGCUUCUUGUUACUGCUAACCACUUUACUCUAGCAUCAGAUGUAUUUCCAGCUAGAUUUACUGGGACCAGCAACAAGCUGAACUUAGAGAUUCAGCAUAAUGCCCCAAGAAAUGUCAGAGCAACUGUAUUUACAUUUGCAUGUCCUCUUUUAAUACCAACUGCUCAGCCAUGCAGUGAGAAUAAAUGUAAGCUAAAUUUUCAGAUAGAGACCCCCAGACAGAACAUUCACACACACAUAUAUAUACUGCUCCAUUAAUAGUAGAAUCAUUAUUUUAAAAAAUAGUUCACCAUGAAGCCGUUUACUCAACAUAGGGAAAUUGAACACCUAUUUUGUAUAUCUCUAUCUACUUCUGAAGAGAUUCAGCUUUCACGUAAUUUUUAAUUUAAUUGAUUAAUUUUCUGAUGGUCUGAACUGAAACAGCUGUUAGUGAUGUUUGUCAAUUUUUUA